CUUCCCCUGCUGAAGUUUAUGGCUUCGUGACAGGCACCUGACUGAACAAUAACCACAGCACAGUACUUAAGCAGAGGACAGAGUGACAGUUAUCCAUCACCAGCCAGUGGCUUCAAGACAUCCUACACACACACACACAGAAUGAAGUUGUUGGUAGUUGUGGCUGCUGCUCUGGCAGUGGCGAGUGCCGCUAGCCUCUCAUUGGAGGACUUGGAGUUCCAUGCCUGGAAACUGAAGUUUGGGAAGUCUUACAGCUCUCAGGUGGAGGAGGCUCAGCGUAUGAGCUCCUGGAUCUCUAACCGGAAGCUGGUAGUGGUUCACAACAUGCUGGCUGACAAGGGCAUCAAGUCCUACCGUCUGGGCAUGACCUACUUCGCUGACAUGGAUAACGAGGAGUACAGACGCGUCAUCUCCCAGGGCUGCCUGGGCUCCUUCAACGCCUCCAAGGCCCGCGGCGGCUCUACCUUCUUCCCAAUGCUUGGGGACAACGACCUGCCCACCACCGUGGACUGGAGGGACAAGGGCUACGUCACCCCCAUCAAGGACCAGAAGCAGUGUGGCUCCUGCUGGGCAUUCAGUGCGACUGGAUCUCUGGAAGGCCAGCACUAUAAGAAGACCAAUAAGCUGGUGUCCCUCAGUGAGCAGCAGCUGGUUGACUGCUCCGGUGAUUUUGGCAACAUGGGCUGCAUGGGCGGUCUCAUGGACCAGGCCUUUGAGUACAUCAAGUCCUUGGCCCCUGGAGGCGUGGAUACUGAGGACUCCUACCCCUACCAGGCUGAGGACAAGAAGUGCCGCUACAAGCCCGACAGUGUGGGUGCCACCUGCAGCGGGUUUGUUGAUGUGACCAGUGGUGACGAGAGCGCACUGCAGCAGGCGGUGUCCACGGUGGGACCGGUGUCUGUGGCUAUCGAUGCUGCACACUCCUCCUUCCAGCUCUAUGACUCAGGUGUCUAUGAUGAGCCAGAGUGCAGCAGUGAUGAUCUGGAUCAUGGUGUGCUGGCUGUUGGCUAUGGCACUAGUGAUGACGGCCAGGACUACUGGCUGGUGAAGAACAGCUGGGGCCUUGAAUGGGGAGAUAAAGGCUACAUCAUGAUGUCCAGGAACAAGCACAACCAGUGUGGCAUCGCCACCGCUUCCAGCUACCCCCUGGUCUAAGGAUCCAGGAGAGGAUAUCUGAAGAUGACUUGACACAGACAAAACCAGAGCAAUAAUUUAAGCAAAUUUUAGUUUUUGUAGCAAUAACCAGAAUUUUUAGAUGUGCAUUAUUUCUUUGGUAGUUGAGGGUCACACAUUUCAUUAUACAGUACACCCAGAAAAUAGUCCUGGUCUAAGAAUGUUAUUCAUGCGCAAAAAAAAAACACUAAAAAUCAUUCUGAUUUUCAAAUGUAAAUAAAUGUAAAAAAUUAAGAAAAUAAAAGUUUUACAGCUGUGCAACUA